AUGGCGGAGCACGUUGACAGCCUCACGUUCGAGCAUGCGAAAUGGACAGACGUGGAGCGCUGGUCGGUGCUCAAGUGCACCAAGCCUGCUGACGUCAGCAGCUCGCUCCUGGGCGUGCGCGAUCAGAAGGAGAACCGAUGCGGCACGUGCGGGAAGCCCGCGCUGACGUGUACAGGUCAUUUCGGGCACAUUUUCUUUGAGAUGCCGGUGUACCACCCGCUGCUGCGCCCUCUGCUCGUCUCCACCCUCAACUCCUUCUGCCUCGCCUGCGGCAAGGGCUGCUGUUCCUCCUCCUCCUCCUCCUCCUCCCUCCGCCACUCAUCCACCCAACCCCAGAGCAUAGAGCUGAGUGGGGAGAGGGAGAAGAGCGAGGAGGAGAAAGAGAAGGAGAAGAAUGAAGAGGAGGGGGUGGGAGGGAAGAGUGAGGAGGGGGUAGAGAGGGAGAAGGGUGAGGGGGCUGGGCUUGCUGUUGGAAGGGAGAAUGCGCAGGGAGCAGCGAGAGGGGGGGAGAUGGAGGGUGUGGGAGGAGAGGGCGAGGCAGCAGGCGAUGGUGGAAAGAGGGAGAAUGGGGCGAUGGGCGAUGGGGGAGAAGGUAUGAGAAGUCAUGAGGUGGUGUCGCUUGUGGACUCUGACUCUCAGAGCGAGGAUGAGGAUGAUGACGAGGAGGGUGAUGCAGUUGGGUCGACGCAGAGGCUGAUCAAGGGAGAUGAUGCUGAUGACUAUGACAAGGACAUGCCACUUGCCUUCCGCAGCAAAUGCCGUUCAGCUGGCUUCAUUGGUCCGGGCGCCAGGCGAAUGCUGGCAACUCUUUCGGACGACGACGAAGACGACGAGAAGAAUGAUAAGAAUGAUGGUGACGACGGUGGAGCUGGUCAACCGGAGGAGGGUCAACCAGAGGAGGGUCAACCGGGGUGGGGUCAACCAGAGAGAGGUCAACAGGAGAGGGGUCAACAGGAGAAAGGGAUGGGGGUGGAGGGUUCUCAUGCCUCUGACAGUGAGGAUGACGUGGUGGAGGUUUCUGGUGGUGAGCCUGUGUCUGGUGGUGAGAGUGUUUCCGCCUCGGGAGGGUGUGGAGGCAGGAGGGGGGGGAAGAGCCCAAAGAAAAGCCCCAAGAAGGGGUUCAAGGGGAGUGAGGAGCAGAGGAGGAUGUGGCGGGAGUAUAGGCGGAUGCGGAUGCAACGGGCAAGGGAGGGAGCGCAAGCGGGGGGAGAGGUGGGGCGGGCAGAAACGGGGUCUGAAAACUUUGACGACGUGGGGCGGGCGGGAGCUUAUCGGUACAGCAUGCGACCGAGAGAGGCUCUGCACCGGCCGGCUGUUGUGGUGGAAGAUGAGAGGCGGUCGGCGGAAGAGUCUCUGGAGUUCGAGGCGAAAGGGGGAGUUGGGAUUGGCGGGGGAGAUGCCGUGGGUGAGGGUGAGAGAUGGGAGGCAGUGGGGGAGAAGCGGAAGGGGAAGGGGGCGGUUGGGAGGACGGGAAAAUUCAAGAGGAGACGGGGCGAGAAGGGCUACAGCGUAGAGGAAGCCGUGGAUGGGAGCAAGGAGAGGAGAAAGGGGGAUGUGGAGAAUGAGAAGAAGAAGAAGACCUUGGAGGAUGAGUGUGUAUGGUGCCAGCGUCGCUCCUGGUACCAAGUGGUGGACGCCUGGGGCAAGGACGGCGGCACACAUACAGCAUCAGCAGCCGAUGCGACUGCCAACUGCUUUCUGUGGCUGCGUCCCUGCAGGCAGGACAAGCUGCUUCUGGGGCUCUGGGCCCUGCUGGCCCAGGAGGGCCUAGGAGGAGGAGGAGAGAUGGGGGUGGGGGGGGAGGGAGGGGAUGGGGAGAUCAAGGGCUGCCCUCCACUUGAGAUGGCGCCCUUCUGGGCUAAAAUAGUCCUACAAAAGGCGCUACAUGCCAAUGGGGGCGUGCAGGGAGGGCAGGAGAGGAAGGAUGAGGGAAUAGCAACGAGGGGCACAGACAGGACAAGUACUAAAAUAGUCCUACAAAAGGCGCUACAUGCCAAUGGGGGCGGGCAGGGGGGGCAGGAGGGUAGCAUCUCGAGAGGCAAUGAGAGAACAGCAGCGAGGGGCACAGGCGUGGUGGGGGCGGUGGUGGAGGUGGGGGCAGGCCAGGGCGCGCGUGUGCCGCUGGUGAGGGCGCUGCAGGUGUGCCUCGAGGCUGGCAUUGUGGGUGCGUGGCCUGUUCCCCCACACCACCUGCGCCUGUCGGAAAAUGCUGAAGACGAGAAGCAGGAGGACUAUCUGUCAGUGAGGCUGAGGGCGAUGGUGCGGCUGAACGCAGAGAUAGGAGCAUUGGUCCAUGGCAAGGGCAAGCACCGGCGGGAGCAGUUUGGCGGCGCCAAGGGGGACGGGGGCGGCAUGGCGGUGCGGUUACAUCUGGCGUUCGGCCGGCUGAAGAAGCUGCAGGUGGAGCUGCAGCAUUACUUCGUGCGGCCACCCAACCAGUGCGGAACGGAAGGGGAGGAGGGGGGCGGCAUGGCGGUGCGGUUGCAUCUGGCGCUCUGCCGGCUGAAGAAGCUGCAGGUGGAGCUGCAGCAUUACUUCGUGCGGCCCCCCAACCAGUACCAGGCCGUUCUGCACGAGGCAGGGCUGGGCAUAGAGCAGCGCUUCAAGGGCCACAGCACCUCCUCCUCUGCGCGCUCAAAGGGGUUCAUUCGCGAUGCCAUCCUCGGCAAGCGCUCCGACUCCUCCGCUCGAGCCGUCAUCGCUCCCGACCCCUCCCUGGCUCUGCAUGAAAUCGGUGUCCCUGACUCCAUCGCUGCUGGUCUCUUCGUCCAGCCUGUGUCUCAUCUCGCCUCGACUUCCUGCAAGCCUGUGUGGACGCACGCCCGUGCUGCCCUCGCCUUCCGUGCUUUAGCUUAUGCCCCUCCCUUUCUUUCAUCCCUUAACCCUCACACUUCUCUCCCCAAGAGCCCGUGUCUCAUCUUGCCUCGACUUCCUGCAAGCCUGUGUGGACGCACGCCCGUGCUGCCCUCGCCUGUGGAGCCUGUGUCUCAUCUCAACCUCGACUUCCUGCAAGCCUGUGUGGACGCAGGGCCAUGCCCGCUGCCCCUCCCACCGCCUCUGGACACCGGAGGAGAAGGGGACGCCUGUGGUGGUGGCAGCGGUGGUGCUGGUGGUGGUUGGGCUUCUGGUGCGGGUGGGGAUGGAGGGGGUGCAUGGGGCACGGAUGCUCCUGCUGGUGGGAGGAGUGGUGAUGCUCCUGCUGCUGAAAGGGGUGGUGCUGGUGGGAGUGGGUGGGGGGCCGAUGCUUCUGCUGCUGGGGGCGAAAGGGGUGCAUGGGGCACGGAUGCUCCUGCUGAUGCUGCUGCUGCUGCUGCGGGUGGUGGGGGUGGUUGGGGGGCUGAUGCGUCUGCUGGUGGGGGUGAAGGGGGUGCAUGGGGUUUGGAGGCUGCUGCUGCUGCUGCUGCUGCUGCUGCUGCUGGGGGAAAUGGUGAUGCUGGUGCUGCAGAUGAUACUGGUGGGGAUGGAUGGGGUGAUGAUGUUGGCGCUGCUGCCAAGGAGAAAGAGGGGGAGAAGAAAGAGGAGAAAGAGGAGGAAAAGAGCUGGGGAAAGAAUGGGGGUGAUAAUGGUGGUGGUGGUUGGGGUGGUGCUGCUGCCCCUGCUGCUGCUGCCCCUGCUGCUGCUGGUGCUUCGGGCUGGGGGAACAAUGAUGCCGGUGCUGGUGGUGAUGCUGGUGGAUGGGGAGGGAACAGCAGUACUGCUCCUGGUUCUGCUGCUGCCGGUGCCAGUAGUGGUGGCUGGGGCACAGGAGGUGGGGCUUGGGGCACAGCACCUGCUGCUGCCACUGCUGCAGGUGGUAAUGGUGCUGGUGGAUGGGGUGGUGAUGCUGGUGGAUGGGGUGGUGAUGCUGGUGGAUGGGGUGGUGAUGCUGGUGGAUGGGGUGGUGAUGCUACUGCUGCUGCUGCCGGUACCAGUGGUGAUGGCUGGGGCACGGGUGGUGGGGCUUGGGGCACUGCACCUGCUGCUGCCACUGCUGCAGGAGGUAAUAAUACCUGGGGAGCCACAGCGCCCGGUGAUGCAGUCUUUCCUCCUGCACCGUCCCCUUCGCCCGAUCGCCGCCCUCCCCGCCCACCCAACCACGUCCUGCCACCUGUCGGUGCGUUCAGCGUGCUCAUUGGCUCCGAGCCUCCUGGAGGAAUCACAGGAGGAGCACCAGCCAAUGGCGGCACGCCAGAGUGGACCAAGGUGACUCUGAGCCGAUGGGUGGAUCGUGGCUUGAGCCUGCAGGUGGGAACUGGGCCAGGCUCAGGUGCACCUGGAUCAGGUCUACCUUCCCCAGGCGCACCUUCUGCAUCAGAGCGGGCAUCUGCUGCCCUUGCAGCCUAUGUGAGGUCAGCCCUGCUUGCAGGCAUUGCACCCGCUGCUGCUGCUGCUGCUGGUGCUGGUGCUGGCGGAGAUGGUGGUGAUGGUUUUGGUGGUGGUGGUGCGGAUGGUGGUGGUGGGGGGAGGAUGGUGGGGAUGACGGUGCUGCGCCACGUGGCGGAUGGCGAUUGGCUGCUGCUCAACCGCACACCCUCGCUGCACAAGCAGAACCUCAUGGCGUUCCGCGUGCGCCGCGUGCCGGCUGCUGUCUCCGCCAACGCGCUCCUGCUCAACCCCCAGGUGUGUGCAGCGAUAGCAGGCGAUUUUGAUGGCGACGAAGUGAAUGUGUUCACGGUGCAGCAGAGCGCCGUGGCAGCAGAGGCAGCAGAGCUCAUGCCUGUUGACAAACAGCUCUUCCCCUCCCUCCCCCUUCCCUCGCUCCUCCCUCCACCACUCUCUCCUCCUCCUACUCUGACGCCUCCGACUCCUACCUCUCCCCCUGCACCUUCCCCUCCCCUCUCGCCUGGUCCCUCGACGGCUCGUUCCGCUGCCACCACAGCAGCAGCUGCUGCUGCUGCUACCUCCUCCCGUUCUACCUGUUGCUCUUGCCACUCCUCCUCCCGCUCCUCCUCCUCUUCUCCUCACCCGCACGCCCCACACCACGACCCAGCAGUCAUGUCUCUCCAGCAGGACGCGUUGCUGGGUCUGCACCUCCUCGCCUCCCCUCCCCCUUCCUCCCAAUCGCUCUUCCUCUCCCGCCCAGACGCCACCCAGCUUGCCCUGCACGCAUGGGAGGGAAUGGGGCUGGUGACUGGGGGAGGGGGACAGGGGGAUGGCUGGGAUUGGAGAAGCAGGCAGGGACGGAGGGGUGGACGAGGGGGAAGAGGGGGAGCAGGAGGGGGAGCGGAUGGCGAGGGAGGAAGAGGGGUGAUUGCUGUUGUGGAUGAUAAGGAGUGGGGACGGGAACUUGCAGAGGGGACGACACGAGGAGAGGACGAAGGGAAGGCAGCAGCAGCAGGAGCAGGGGCAGGAGCAGCAACAAAGAAUCCCUAUUUUCCUCUUCCACCACCAGCCAUUCUCAAGUACCCUCUCCCAGGCAGCAACAGCAGCAGCAGCAGCAACAGCCACAGCCACCAUCCCCCUCCCCCUGCGCCCCCUCUCUGGACCUCCCUUCAGCUGCUCUCUACUGUUAUCCCCCCUUCCCUGUGCUUCCAGCACCGCCAGUGCGGCGUGCGGGUGCAUCAGGGGGAGGUGGUAUUCGUGAAUGAGCAUGGGCGCAUGGGGAUGGGGAAGGGUGCGAGGAGGCAUAGGGGUGAGAGGGCCAGCAGCGGGAAGGGAAAGAGUGAGGAGGAGAGUGGGGGGUUGAGGGUGGUGAUGGAGGAUGAUGAGGAAGGGGAGGAGGAAGGGGAGGACGAAGGGGAGGAGGAAGGGGAGGAGGAAGGGAAGGAGGAAGGGGAGGAGGAAGGGGAGGAGGACAGGGAAGGAAAAGGAAGUGGUAACAAGGAGGGGAGAAGCGAGGGUAAAAAAGAGGAGGAGGUGGAGGUGGGGGAUGAGGCGCGGUGGCUGAGGGGCAGCAGCGACAGCUUGCUAGCAGCCAUCUGGCAGCACCAUCCGCCAAUGGCAGCGCGGCACCUGGCGGGUGUGCAGGCCCUGGCGGUGAACUAUUUGUCGUCUAUCGCCGGCUUCAGUGCCGGCCUCUCAGACUUCUGCUUGGGGCUAGGCUCGGCCCGAGGCUCCCUCCUGACGGGGCUUUCAGCUCGGGAGCUCUUCCGAGCCGCAGCUUCGGCCAGGCCAGCGUUGGUUGCCGAGGCUACGAGCGUGGCUCGGCCGGGGGAGCUUUCCAGGAAGCUGAGGGAAACGCUUAGGGAUAUCGUGGUGGGGUAUGAUGGGUCUGCAAGGAUAGGAGAAGGAGUGGGAGGCAGAGGGGGAGGAGGAAAGGGGAGUAUGGUGGUGCAACUGUCGUAUGGACGGUUGGGGGUGGAGGAGGGGGGAGAGGACGGGGACGGGGGCGAGGAGAGGGAGAAGGAAAGGCGGGGAGGUAAAUCUGGGAAAGGAAAGAGUGGGAGCGGCAAGGGAAAGGGGAAGGGCAAGGUGGGCGAGAAGGGCAAGGUGGGCGAGAAGGGCAAGGAGAAGGGAAAGCAGAAUGUGGAAGGGAAGAAGGGAGGUGGGAGGAGGGAGGUGGGGGAGCGGGGGGGUGCAUGGGCGGAAGCAGGGGAUGCAGUGGGAAUGGCAGCGGCGCAAGCAGUGUCGGCACCAGCCACACAGAUGGUGCUCAACGUGGGGCAUGAUGGCGUGCAUGGCGGCGCCUCGUCCCUCAUUGCCCGGCUAGAGAUGGUGCUCAAUGUGGGGCAUGACGGUGCGCAUGGUGGCGCCUUCUCCCUAAUUGCGCAGCUAGAGCGCCUUCUCUACGCGACUGACUCCUCUCCAACAGUCCUGCUGCGCUUCCUCCCUGCUCAUGCCACACCUCCUGCCACCGACAACACAUCCGCUUCUGCAAACCCACCUGCUGCUACCACUGCUGCUGCUGCUGCAGCGGCAGACUGUCAGUUGGCGCUGGCAACGCAGGGUCGGCUGCUGCCUCUGCGCGUCAGGCAGCUGGCCUCGCACGUCAUGAUUGAGUACCGGAGAAGGGAGCUGAGGCGGUACCGGAGAAGGGAGCUGAGGCGGUGGGAUGAGGGAGUGCAAGCAAGUGAAUGUGAAGCGAAAGCAAGGAGUGAGAGGGAGAAGGAGAGGCAGAGCCAGCAGGAGGCUGCAGAAGCAAGGCUGCAGCAGGGGGGAGGUGGAAGGGGCAGAAAGAGAGGAAGAGAUGCACGGGGAGGGGAGAGAGGGAAGGGAGGCGCAGGAAACGGGAGGAGGGGGGGUGGGAGAGGAUGGGAGGAGGAGAGGGCAGGAGUGAAGGAGGCCUGCUGGCGGGUGCACAUUCGGCUGUCAGAGGACGCAGUAGCCAAGGCAUUCGCUUGCCUGCCAGCGUCUCGCUUCCCUGAUCCUCCUGACACCAUCCAUCAAGCCGUGAAGGCGACUGUCCAAUCACAUCUGGACACGUGGCACUUCGAAAAGACGGGGAAGGCGUGUGGGGCAGGGGACCUAGUGCAUCUGAUGCAUGUGGACAUCAGGUCCCGCUGUCUGCUCCCAACCUGCCGUGACCCCACCACUUCUGCCUGUCAGGGCGCCUGUGUGCACGUGGUGCUCGCACGACCUGCCCUCAGAGGCCUGGCUCAUAGGGAUAGAGGGCAGGAGGGGAGAGGUGCUGGGCGAGAGGAGGAGGCGGAGGAGGGAGGAGAGGAGGAGAACAAGUGGGGGGCGCUGUUUGAUUUGGAGGCGUUGAGAGAGGUGGUUGUGCCGAGUGUGCUCAGCACGCUGGUUGCAGGCAUCGCUGCUGCCUGUGCGGCUGCUGACUGCAAUGACGGCAUCGACUGGGCCAAGAGCCGCCCGGAGGGAUUGCAGCAGGUGGCAGAGUCGCUUGGCAUCGAAGCUCGUCUGUGUGAGCUGAUGAGGGAAGCAGGGGCGAAGGUGCCUCUGCGCCAUCUUGCGCUGGUAACGGACUGGAUGACUGUCACAGGGGCCCUCCAGGGCGUGUCCUUUGCCGCCCUCGCCUCCCACCCUGCCUCCUCGCCCUUCCUCCGGGCCUGUGUCAAGGACCCGGUGCGCACAUUCACGUCAGCAGCCAUCCAGCACGCGUCUGACAGCCUGGCAAGCGUCGUUGCCAGCGUGGCGGCCGGCAAGCCCAUGCCAGCUGGCACCGCCACCCCGUGCUUCGAUUUGAUCCUCCACGCCCCACUUCCCCCUCCUCCUCCCGGUCCUGUUCCUGCUGCUACAGCUGCUGCUGCUGCAGCUGCGGCUAAAGCUGGUGCUACCGAUGCUGCAGCUGCUGGUGCCGGUGGGUGGGGUGGCGGUGCUGCUGCUGGUGGGUGGGGUGGUGGGGGUGCUAGUGGCUGGGGGGUGGGUGGGGAUGCUGCUGCUGUUGCUGGUGAUGGGGGAUGGGGCAGCGGAGGAGGAGGGGAUGGGGGAUGGGGGGGAGGAGGUGGAGAUGGUGGUGGGUGGGGAGGAAGCGGAGGUGGAGGAGAGGGGGGAUGGGGCACGGGGGGAGGGGAAGGGGAUGGUGGUGCUUGGGGGGGGAGUGGAGAGAAAGAGGGGGGAGGAUGGGGCACGGGAGGAGGGGGAGGGGAUGGUGGUGGGUGGGGGAAGAGCGGAGAAAAAGAGGAGGGGGGAUGGGGCACGGGGGGAGGGGAAGGGGGUGUUGGUGCUUGGGGGAAGAGCGGAGAGAAAGAGGGGGGAGGAUGGGGCACGGGAGGGGACGGAGGGGAUGGGGAUGCAUGGGGGAAAAGUGGAGAGAAAGAGGGGGGAGGAUGGGGCACGGGAGGAGGGGGACGGGAUGGGGAUGGGGGAGGGGGAGGUGGGUGGGGAGGAAGGGGAGGGGAGGAGGGUAAAUGGGGAGAUGGAGGGUCGAAAGGGGUUGAGGAGGGAGGGGGCUGGGGGGGGGCAGAUGGGGAGAAAGGGGGAUGGGGGGGAGAGACGGGGAAGGAGGGAGGUGCAUGGGGGGGAGAGAAGGAGGUGGGGGGAGGUGCAUGGGGGGGAUGGGGGGAGGCGGAAGGAGGUGCAUGGGGAAGAAAAAGGGGAGAGGAGGAGUCAGGGAAGGGCGGAUGGGGCGAGGCGAAGGGGAGUGGGGAGGGCAAGGAAGGUGGGGGAUGGGACGCGGUGGGAGGGAGUGUGCGAGAUCAAGACAGUGAGAGAGGAGGGAAGGGAAGAGGGGAGGGAGGAUGGGAGGGAGGAGGGCGUGAGAGGUGGCAGGGUGGGCGGGGGAGGGGAAGGGGACGGGGCCGAGGGGGGAGAUGGGGGGGAGAGGGGGAUGGGGAAGGUGGUAAAGCUUGGGGACGGGGAGAAGGGGGUAGAAGCGGAGGAAGAAGAGGGGGAGGUUAUGGGGGAGGGGGAAACUGGAGAGGAGGAGCCGAUUGGGGGGGUGACAGCAUGGGACACGAGGGGAAGCAUGCUCACGGAUGGGGGCAAGGACCGGGGCAGGGAGGGGUGGAAGAAAGCGAGGAGGAAGGAGGGUGGGAGGAGGAGGGAAGGUGGGAGGGAGAGGAGGAGGAUGCGGUGCAUGAAGCUGCGCUGGCAGAGCUGCUGUGCAUGGGGGGUGGCGGGCAGGGGGGCAGGGGCAAGGGGCGGCGGCGGUUCAGGCUGGGGCGGUGGGGCACAGUGGAGCCCCUCUGGGGUGGCGGGAGAGUGCGAGGGCGAGAGGGGGGUGAGCGGGAGGGAUGGACCUCAGGGGGUGAUUCUGCUGCUGCUGCUGCUGCUGCUGCUGCUGCUGACGGUUCCGGUGCUGGUGGUGCUGCUGCUGCUGGUGGGAAGGAAGAGAGAGGCGGAUGGGGUAGUAAUGAGAAUGGCGGUGGAGGGUGGGGGAGAGAGGGGAAAGGGAAAGGAGAGGAUACAGCGAAGGAGGUGGCAGGGGCAGGGUGGGGAGGUGUGGGGGAAGGUGAGGGAGCGUGGGGCUUUGGGGGGGAUGCUUGGGGGAAAGAGGCCGCAGGAGGGGGUGGUAAGGGGGGAGAGGGCGCAGGGGCAGGGUGGGGAAAUGCGGAGGGGGGAGUUGGAGGGUGGGGCGGCGAUCAAGGGGAAAAGGGAGGUUGGGGGGCGGGAGGAGAAGGGGAGAGCGCAGGUGGAUGGGGGAAAGCGGGAGGAGAAGGAGAAGGUGAGGGAGGAGUUGGAGGGUGGGGCAGUGAUCAGGCGCAGAAGGGAGGGUGGGGCAGUGAUCAGGCGCAGAAGGGAGGGUGGGGGGCGGGAGGAGAAGGGGAGAGUGCAGGUGGAUGGGGGAAAGCAGGAGGAGGAGAAACGGGUGAGGGCGGAGGAGGAUGGGGGAGCGCAGGGGAAAAGACGAAUGAGGGUGGGGGGGCAUGGGGGAGCGCAGGGGGCGGAAAGAGUGAGGGUGGGGGAGCAUGGGGCAAAGCGGUGGGGGAAAGAAGUGAGGGCGGAGGAGCAUGGGGCGAUGCAGGGGGGAAAAAGAGUGAGGGUGGGGGAUCAUGGGGCGGCACAGGAGCGCCCUCUCUGGCUCACCAGCACAAGCCCAGGCGCAAGGCCAAUCAUCCCCACACGCCCGACCACCCCUUGUACUACCGGCCCCGCCGCCACAUCCACCCGCUUCUCUGCUCCGACCUGCCCCUGUCACAGUUUCUUCUGGGGUCCCUGCUGGGACGGCUUCUGGCUCCCAACGCCUCUCCUCCUCCUCCACCCCUUCCUCUUCCCCCUCCUCCUCCACAUAUGGCCGCCUCCCUGGCCUCCUCCUUGUCACAGCACCCGACAACCAUGCUGCCGGGUCUGCACCCCUCCUCUCUGCCUGUCUUCCUUGACCGAUGCGGACAGAAAGCAGAGCAGAGGGCAGAAGGGGCAGAAGCGGCAGAAGGGAAGGCAGAUAGGGCAGAAGGGAGGGGAGAAGUAGGGGCAGUAGAGAAGGGAGAAGAAAGGGCAGAAGAGAAGGCGGAAGAAGGGGCAGAAGAGAGGGCAGAAGGGGCCGAUAGGAGGGCAGAGGCGGGAGAAGCGACGGCAGAGGGGGGACAAGAGGUGACAGCGGAAGGGGCAGUGAGGCGGCGGGCGUGGGAGCUGCUGCACGUGAGGUACCACCCGGAGCAGGUGCUCUCUGCAGAGGACCGUGACUUCGUUGUGAGCAAGCUGCUGCGGCACCACCCCAGGGCGCUCGAGAAGAUGGCUCUUGGCGUGGCGGCAAUCAAGCGUGUGGAGUCUGGUCUGGGUGAGCGUGUGGAGUCUGAGUGCGCGUGUGGAGUCUGGGUGAGCGUGUGGAGUCUGGGUGAGCGUGUGGAGUCUGGUCUGGGUGAGCGUGUGGAGUCUGGUCUGGGUGAGCGUGUGGAGUCUGGUCUGGGUGAGCGUGUGGAGUCUGGGUGCGCGUGUGGAGUCUGGGUGAGCGUGUGGAGUCUGGGUGAGCGUGUGGAGUCUGGUCUGGGUGAGCGUGUGGAGUCUGGUCUGGGUGAGCGUGUGGAGUCUGGUCUGGGUGAGCGUGUGGAGUCUGGUCUGGGUGAGCGUGUGGAGUCUGGUCUGGGUGAGCGUGUGGAGUCUGGUCUGGGUGAGCGUGUGGAGUCUGGGUGCGCGUGUGGAGUCUGGGUGAGCGUGUGGAGUCUGGGUGAGCGUGUGGAGUCUGGUCUGGGUGAGUGUGUGGAGUCUGGUCUGGGUGAGCGUGUGGAGUCUGGUCUGGGUGAGCGUGUGGAGUCUGGUCUGGGUGAGCGUGUGGAGUCUGGUCUGGGUGAGUGUGUGGAGUCUGGUCUGGGUGAGUGUGUGGAGUCUGGCCACAGGUGGACCAUCAUCCAGAAGACCCUAACACCAUCUAUUUUUCCAUCGCCCACCCUGCCACUGAUGCCAUCGUUCGCCUCAACCCUACCCCCCUGCCCCUCCCGCCCUUCCCUAUCACCACCUCCACAGGUGGACCAUCAUCCAGACCACCCCAACACCACCUGUUUCUUCAUCGUCCACCCUGCUGCCGACACCAUCACCCACCCUGCUGCCGACACCAUCACCCACCCUGCUGCCGACAGCAUCACCCACCCUGCUGCCGACACCAUCACCCACCCUGCUGCCGACAGCAUCACCCACCCUGCUGCCGACACCAUCACCCACCCUGCUGCCGACACCAUCACCCACCCUGCUGCCGACACCAUCACCCACCCUGCUGCCGACACCAUCACCCACCCUGCUGCCGACACCAUCACCCACCCUGCUGCCGACACCAUCACCCACCCUGCUGCCGACAGCAUCACCCACCCUGCUGCCGACAGCAUCACCCACCCUGCUGCCGACACCAUCACCCACCCUGCUGCCGACACCAUCACCCACCCUGCUGCCGACACCAUCACCCACCCUGCUGCCGACACCAUCACCCACCCUGCUGCCGACAGCAUCACCCGCCCUGCUGCCGACACCAUCACCCACCCUGCUGCCGACAGCAUCACCCACCCUGCUGCAGACACCAUCACCCACCCUGCUGCCAACAGCAUCACCCACCCUGCUGCCGACUCCAUCGUCCAUCCUCCUCCCGCUCCUGACUCAUCCCACGAGCCCACGGGCAACUCUUCUCAGCACUCUCCCAGCAUCGUCCACCCUGCUGCCAACUCCAUCGUCCAUCCUCCUCCCGCUCCUGACUCAUCCCACGAGCCAGCAGACAACUCUUCUCAGCACUCUCCCAGAUGUUCCCCACAGGUGCGGGGCCUUCUCACACCAGCAGCUUCCGACGCCGCACCGCUGCAGCUGCGUGCCUACUCUGUCGUGACGAGGUGA